CGUUGCCGUCAGUGAGGUUUCCGUGGCCGUCGUGUUAGCUGUGUCUGUGCGUGUCGUCGUUGUACUGCUUGAGCAGAUCAGGCUCAUAGUGCACAUACAAAUCGUAAGUGUAACAAAUAACAAGAAAUUACGCGAUGGCAUCCGUGAGCAAGGCGAUGACGUCAUCACGACGCCUGGUGCAGGCAGCGAGACUCGGCGUGCGUGGCGCGCAGACUGCGCCUCAGACAGCAGCGCCAGGUAUUUCGGCCCCGCUUGCACCCUCGCCCGCGACAGCCGCACUCAUCAAACAAGAGGAGAAGUUCGGGGCGCACAACUAUAAGCCGCUGCCUGUCGCAAUCAAGCGAGCGCAAGGCGUAUUCAUGUGGGACGUAGACAACAAGCGAUACUACGACUUCCUAAGCGCGUACUCAGCUGUGAACCAAGGCCACUGCCACCCCAGGAUCGUGAAGGCCCUCACGGAACAGGCCGCAACUCUGUGCCUCACAUCGCGGGCCUUCCACAACGAUGUUCUCGCGCACUACGAGAAAUUUGUCACCGAGUUACUGGGCUACGAUAAACUUCUGCCCAUGAAUACAGGUGUGGAGGCAUGCGAGACUUCAAUAAAGCUCGCCAGGAAAUGGGCUUACAAAGUCAAAGGUGUUCCUGAGAACCAAGCGAAGAUCAUCUUCGCUGAGAAUAAUUUCUGGGGGCGUUCUCUGGCCGCCGUGUCAGCCUCAACUGACCCCACGGCUUACCGUGACUACGGUCCCUUCUUGCCGGGCUUCAAGACCAUCCCUUAUGAUGACUUGCCGGCUCUCGAGGCUGAGUUGAAAGAUCCGAACGUGGCGGCCUUCAUGGUCGAGCCGAUACAAGGGGAGGCGGGUGUGGUGGUGCCUUCAGACGGCUACUUGGCGGGCGUGCGCAGUCUGUGCACUAAGUACAACGCACUCUUUAUUGCUGAUGAAGUGCAGUCUGGCCUGGGACGCGCCGGCGCCCGACUCUGCGUGGACAAUUCUAAGGUGCGACCAGACUUGGUGACGCUGGGGAAGGCGCUGUCAGGGGGUGUGUACCCAGUCUCUGCCGUCGUGGGGGAUGAUGAGGUUAUGACGACCAUCAGACCUGGGGAACACGGCUCUACUUAUGGCGGCAACCCCAUUGCCUGCAAGGUGGGCAUCGAAGCACUGAGAGUACUGGAGGAAGAAAAGCUUGCUGAAAAUGCUGUCAGGACCGGAGCGCUGUUGAGGGACGAACUCAAGAAACUGUCGCCUGAAGUGAUCAAAAUUGUUAGAGGAGUUGGGCAGUUUAACGCCAUAGUUAUCGACGCAAAAUACGAUGCGAUGGAUGUUUGCCUGCGCCUGCGAGACCGCGGGCUGCUCGCUAAGCCGACGCACGGCGACAAGAUAAGGUUCACGCCCCCGCUGGUCAUCUCGGAGGAACAGAUCAUGGACUGCGUGGGCAUCAUCAAGUCCGUGGUGGAGGACCUCCUUAGGGUCAAAUAAUCAUGCAGGAUUAGGUUGAUGAUUGGUAAAUUCAUUGCAAGAUUAAUCAGGAAAUGCUAGAGAUAGUUCGUGAAAUUAUCGUAAAGAUUGAUAUUCGGUUCAUUCUGCUUAUCACUGUAUGAGUUAUCAGGAAAAGCUAGGGAUAGUUCGUGAAAUUAUCGUAAAGAUUGAUAUUCGGUUCGUUCUGCUCAACACUACAUAAAAUGCGUGGGAUAGUUCGUGAAAUAAUUACGAAGAUUUAAUUUCGAGAAAUUAGUGAGACUUGACCUGAGAAGCGACGAUCUUUUUACCCUUAUGUGGGUCAUCCUGACCCAGUUUUAGCCGGCAUAACGGCGUAUCAUUGCUCCGUCUGUUCCGUGCUUGUGUUAGGCAGUAAGUUACUAUUUGGAAAAUAUUACCCAUGCAUUUCUUCUGAGCUUGAUAUUAUAUUCUUUCUCAUCUCACAUUCGUUAUUACAGUGAUUCUAAUGAAAGUCUCGAUGGGCAUCGAAUAUGCCAUGAUAAUUUUAAAAUAUAAUUAAUAUUCUAAGGCAAACUUUUAUGCACGAACCUAAAACCAUUCAAGCAACAAAUGUUUUAAGAAUCAUUCCUGAACUUUGUAAAUUUAACUCUUGUUCGCUUCCCUGCAAUCCGCUUAUUACUAUUUAAUUUAUGAAUCGGUUUACUUAUAAAGUAUCUUUUAUGUGCUUAUUUUACAGAUGGUUCAGAAAUGUCA